AGCCAUUUUCCAGCCCAGCUCGAGCUCACUGUGGGGCAAUGACCCAAGGCCUGUUUUGGGAGAUCGUGGGUGGGGCCGACAAGGGCGGCAUCCUGGUGCGCUCCGGACGGGAGCUCAAGUCCGCCGAGAAGGCGGAGCGCCUAUCCCACGGAGCUCUCGUGAGGGAGCUGGAAUUCCUCGAGGCCAAUGGCCGGCUGCACUACGAGAUCGUCACCGGCACAGGGCCGCAGGAUGGGUGGGUAAGCAUUCAGAUCUCCGGCAAGGAGCUGGCGCGUAGAGCCGCCGCUCCCAUGGAGGAGGAGGAGAAACCCGAGGGGAUGCCGGAGGCGGAGUUCCGGCUGCGAAGGCGCUGCAAGGGCGAGAUGAAGCGGCAGGUCCCGGAAUGGAAGUCCAUCACGGUGGAGCAGGUAAUGACCAACCACACAAAGAUGGCCCCGGGAAUGUUCUAUGGCCUUAACUUUCCAUGGACCGAGGAGAUGUUGCUGAGCGCGAAGUUUGGCGCAGAUUGGCUGACUCAGGCCAUGCAUGUGGCAGGCACCUUGCCCUCUGACAACAAGGUGAUCAAGGUGUCAGCAGACCCCUUCAAGAUUACCACGGGCAAUAAUGGCGGCAAGUUUCUGUUCGAGGUGGAGUACUUGCAUUCCUCCCAGGACCUUCACACCCGUUUGUUCGCCAAGAUCCCGCACUCCAUGGAGGGGCAAACCCAGUCGGACCGCCUCAGCUCAUCGGUGAACAAGCAGCCCAUGGAGUUCUACGAGCUCAAUUCCUCCCGGCUGUUGGAGGCAACACUGCCAGUGAAGAUCCCCAGAUACUACUUUGGAGACAUCAGCAACGAGACCUCCAACUGGAUUCUGAUCACGGAGAGCGUGAACUUCCGGGAUCCCCAGCGCCUGGAUUUCGAGGGGAAGACGCGAAGCGCUCCCAAGGAGCAGCUCAAAGCCUUUGAGAUCGAGGGUCCCUAUGACAAGUGCAAUUGUGGGCAUCGCGCAGGCAUGGACUGGUGCCUUCGGGGCGAAGCCUCCGAGUAUUACCUCACCCUGGUGCGGUGCGGUGCCCGGAUCGCUGGCCUGGCGAAGGCGGGGCAGUUCGGGCCCCUGGAGCUCCUUGGGAAGUACUUUGAGAACUUUGGGGCAGUGCCCAAGGAGGCCUUCGGCAUGAAGCCGGCCUGCACAGGGCAGCCCCCCAACCAGCUGAAGGUGAAGCUGGAUAGCGCCUUGAGCUUCAUGGCGGACACCGGGAAGGUGCUCUUCCCCAACUUUUGCAGCACCCAGGCAUGGCAGGACAAGUUCCGGCAGACCAUGACGAAGCUGAAUGCGUACAUGGCGGAGAUGAACUACUGGUGCCAUUCGGAUCCGGAGUACAUCGUCUUCACUCACAACAACUUGAACGUGGACAAUGGCUACUUUUGGCGGAACGAGGAGGGUGCACUAGAGCUGGGCGUUUUUGAUUGGGGCAGCAUGGGCUCCAAAGCUUUGGGCUUCAAGAUGUGGUGGUGGCUCUACUGUCACGACUUCGAAGGAAUGUCGGGCAACAUGGACAAGUACCUCAGCUGCGCCGUUGAAACGCUGCAGGAGUUUGGGGGGCCUUCCCUUGACAAGGAGGUGCUUCGCAUGCAGUUCAUCCUCACUGGGCUUCAGCAGAUGUUUGGCUUGGUGGCCGCGGUGCCGCAGAUCUACAAGAUGUGUUCCAAGAAGGAGUGGCCCAGCAUCAAGGACCGCUUCGACCCCCGAAUCGGUGAGAACAUCCAUGGCAAGAGCACCUUGAGGCUGUACCUGCAGGUGAUGAGAACCAUCGUCCUCAUCCUGGAGGAGUGGAAGGCGGACCAGGUUGUGGAUGAGUUCGAAGAGAAGGUCACGAAGCUGUUGGGCACAAGUAAGAAGGAUGCUUCCACCAUGGCAUGAGUCAACGCACUUCAUGCGGGUGUCUAGCUGACUUUUGAUUGCCCUGUUUUCCGGCGGCAUCGUGAAA